AUGGCAAGGAGAAGAAUCCUUGAGGUUUGGAGGAUGGGAGUUGUUAAGUAUUCGGAAGGACUUAAGUUGCAGGAAAAGUUGGUUUCGGAGAGAAAGGAUGGGAAAAUCCUUGAUACGCUACUGUCUCUGCAGCAUCCACAUACUUACACGCUUGGUAAAAGGAAAACUGAUCAUAACCUUUUAGUCUCUGAGUUACAACUCGAAGCUGUAGGAGCUGAGUUGCAUUAUACCCAAAGAGGAGGUGAUGUCACCUACCACGGUCCUCAUCAAGCAAUUCUAUACCCGAUUAUUAACUUGAGAGAUAUCGGAUUUGGGGCAAGAAAGUAUGUUGAGACACUAGAGCAAACCAUGAUUGAAUUGUCCACUUUGUAUGGCGUGAAAGCUCGUGCUGGACAGGCAGGGACUGGGGAAACUGGUGUUUGGGUUGAGGAAAGAAAGAUUGGUGCCAUUGGGGUGAGGAUUUCAUCUGGGAUUACUUCACAUGGGUUGGCAUUUAACAUUGAUCCAGAUUUGAGUUACUUUGAAAAUAUUGUACCAUGUGGGAUUGCUGAUAAAGAAGUUACAUCAUUGAGGAAAGAAGUAGGUAACGUUGUUAGUCUUCCUGCCGAUGAGUUUGUACAGGAGCAGUUGGUGUCUUGUUUUGCUAGAUUGUUUAGAUAUGAGAAUGUCAUCUGGAAAGAGACUCCAUUUUGUACGAACUGA